GCAAGCAGCAAAAGAGGAAAGAAGAAGACACGACCGUAUUUUUUUCAACUCACACACGCUGCUGCUGUCCUUGGAGAUGGAAGGGGUGGCCGAUGUGAUUGUGAAUCAGCAAGGGCUGGCCAUGCCUGCGCGGCUGGCAAGCAGGAAGAAGAUCGCGCCUUCGCCUGUCUCGCUGGCUCUGGCCCCUGAGCUUGAGCGGCAACGAGAGCACAGCCGUUACGGCCGUGGCAAAGAUCACAUGCAGGAGAACGUUCGACAGAUGAGGAGGAAGCAGCGGGAGUUGAGACACAAGCGGAGGGAGGAAGAGGCGGCCAAGGAUGCGCCGUUCCGCCCUGCCAAGUCCAUGUACAACGGCAAGCCCGUCGAAUCACGCUUUCGCAAGGAGCACGAGAAGCUGCUGGAGGAGGCAGCGCAGAAGAAGAAGUUUUCGUACUUGAAGCGCGGGGACGGCAAAGGGCAGCCGUCGAGCCUGAAGAAGCCAGCCAUCGGCCGCCCGCCCACUAGCGAAGGCGCGCAGCGGCCCCCGAGCAGCGGGUUCGGCCGAACAAAUGCCGCCAAUAGAGAUGAUGGUGCUGAUCUUGGGCUGGUGAUCAAGGGCACCGCGUCCCGUCCCAGCAGCGCUGCGAGAUCGCGCCCUUCCACAUCAUCAAGACCGGGGUCACGACAACGCUCAACACGGCCCGGGGAGAUCCCCAAGUACCUGCAGCAGAUGCGAUCUGAGAAGCGGGCGGCGGAGGAGAAGGCGCGAAAGAAGGCAGAGGAUCCAAACUGCCCCGAUGGCUACCGCCGACUCGACCGGCACGCACAGCGACGUGCCAUCCAACAGCUCCAGCAGAUGCACACCCGCCUCUCCGACAACCUCCAGAUGCUGCCGUUUUCGCGCGACACGCUGCGCCUGCGUGAAUACCGCGAAGCGCUUGAAUGCGAUGUUGUUGAGCUCGAAGAGGCCAUUCACCACCUCCACACAAACGUGGUGUAUGUGCCGGAACGGUUGUAACACACUGCAACACACCCAACAAGCAACCCAACAAGCAAGCAAGCAAGCAAGGCGCGCAACAACAAGAGCAAGCCAACACACCAAUCAGUUGUUCAUUAAUAAUGCUUCAAAUCUGUGUUGUUAGUCACGCGUUACCCUUGUUCGUUACCAUGAUUUGAUGCUGUUUUAACGUCGUUGCUGCGCGAGGCACAACGGACUUCCGCUUCACUGAUGACACUCAUGACUGGCAGGACCAACAACCAAUCCAAC